CCAUUCUUCAUCUUUCUCUCUGUGUCUCUACAGUUUCUUGAGAAACAACAACAAAAAGACUCUUCUCUUUCUCUAAGACAAUUCUUCAAGUGUUUGUCUGCGAGAGAGUAAGCAGCAGAAUAAUACUCUUCAUAGGAAAAGCUAAAAGAGAGCAAUGGCAGGAGAUCAACUCAACGUGCUAAACGCACUCGACGUUGCCAAAACGCAAUGGUACCAUUUCACCGCCAUUGUCGUCGCCGGAAUGGGAUUCUUCACCGACGCUUACGACCUUUUCUGCAUCUCCCUAGUCACUAAGCUUCUUGGCCGCAUAUACUACCACGUGGACGGCUCAGUGAAGCCAGGAAACCUACCUCCAAACGUCUCAGCCGCGGUUAACGGCGUUGCAUUUGUUGGCACACUCACGGGCCAGCUCUUCUUCGGCUGGCUAGGUGACAAACUCGGGAGGAAAAAAGUUUACGGCAUGACUCUAAUGGUCAUGGUCAUUUGCUCGAUAGCUUCAGGUCUCUCCUUUGGCAACAAACCUAAAACCGUGAUGACCACGCUAUGCUUCUUCCGGUUCUGGCUAGGGUUUGGCAUAGGUGGUGACUAUCCUUUAUCCGCAACGAUCAUGUCUGAAUACGCUAACAAAAAGACACGCGGCGCGUUUAUAGCCGCGGUUUUCGCCAUGCAAGGGUUUGGUAUCUUGACAGGUGGGAUCUUUGCGAUCAUCAUAGCUGCGGUUUUCGAGGCUAGGUUUCCUGCACCGGCCUAUCAAGUCGAUGCCUUGAUGUCCACGGUACCUCAGGCUGAUUACGUGUGGAGGAUAAUACUGAUGGUUGGUGCUUUGCCUGCUGCCAUGACGUAUUACUCGAGGUCGAAGAUGCCCGAGACGGCACGGUACACGGCUCUAGUGGCCAAGGACGCGAAGCUAGCGGCUUCGAACAUGUCUAAGGUUUUGCAAGUUGAGAUAGAAGCAGAGCAUCAACGAGUUGAAGAGAUCUCUAGAGAUCAGUCUAGACAAUUUGGCUUGUUCUCCAAGGAAUUCAUGAAACGUCAUGGUCUUCACUUGCUUGGAACAACAAGCACAUGGUUCUUGCUUGACAUCGCCUUCUAUAGUCAGAAUCUUUUCCAGAAAGAUAUUUUUAGCGCCAUUGGGUGGAUCCCUCCGGCACAGACCAUGAACGCAAUUCAAGAAGUUUUCAAGAUCGCGCGUGCGCAAACCCUAAUCGCCUUGUGCAGCACGGUACCUGGUUACUGGUUCACAGUGGCGUUUAUAGACAUCAUUGGUAGGUUUGCGAUACAGAUGAUGGGUUUCUUCUUCAUGACCGUCUUCAUGUUCGCUCUUGCCAUUCCUUAUGAUCAUUGGACUCACAAGGAUAACAGAAUAGGGUUCGUGGCUAUGUACUCGUUAACAUUCUUCUUUGCAAACUUUGGACCGAAUGCCACAACCUUCGUGGUGCCUGCUGAGAUCUUCCCGGCUAGGUUUAGAUCAACCUGCCAUGGAAUUUCAGCGGCUUCUGGAAAGUUGGGAGCAAUGGUCGGUGCGUUUGGGUUCUUGUACUUAGCACAGAGUCCUGACAAGAACAAGACGGAACAUGGAUACCCUCCAGGGAUUGGUGUGAAGAACUCGCUCAUUGUUUUGGGUGUGGUUAAUUUUUUGGGGAUGGUGUUUACAUUGUUGGUUCCUGAAUCUAAAGGCAAGUCUCUUGAGGAAAUGUCUGGUGAGAAUGAGAACAAUGAUGAAAGCAACAGUAGCAGCAGCAACAACAACCAAAACAGCACGGUAUAAGCUGCAUAGAGAUUUCAAAAACACUUGUGUUAUUUAAUUACUUGUAUUUUUUGUUCACUCUACUCUACAGAUUUCUUCUCACUAGCAGCUUAAGUUGUUGUUCUUUUAUGUCCACUUAUUUAUUGAUCGUUAAAUGAUAUAUAGGAUCUGAUUCUUUUACGUAUCUGUUUUUUUUGGAGUUUUAAGAACAGUUUUGUUUUUGGUGUUCAUUCUUUGUAACAAAUGAAAAUGGAGACAAUGCAAAGCUUUUAUGAUGAAACUGUGUUUUUGGCUGUUCAUUGAACUAAGAAGAAAUGCUAGUCAGGAAUGAAUUGAUAGAAAGCUAGCCAUAGUCAGUGACAAAAAAAAAAAAAAAAAGAAAGCUAGCCAUAGAUUGUACUUGAGAUAGCUACUGGUCAAUUGUUAUAAAGCAGUUCUAUCACUGUAGAACUGUGCAAAACCAAAACUGAAACCAAAGCAGUUCCAUCUCUGUUCAAUCAGCAACCACAUGAGAUUCAUGCAUGGUGCUACUAAGUGCAUCAACUCUAGGAAAGAUGUUUAGCUUUUUAAGACAUGAAUGAAGGCAAGAGUAGAAACGAGAGCUUUGUAAAAGAUAAUACAUUUAAGAGAGGGCAACGAUACAAGUCUCAUACUCUAUACAUAUCUUUUUGAGUGGUAAAGAAAGUACAAUACAUGGAGAAACACAAUACAAAUUCACUAAAUGUGAAUAUUAUCAACAAUACAAAUCAAUAUUCUGAACCCGGGGGGUUUCUGUAAAAGAAUGAACUUUAUGUGUGUAAUAAACUCUGACAUAUAGAGGCAGCUUCUUGCUCAGAGACCAGCC